AAACAAAUCAGUAUUAAUAUUAUUAUGGUCCAGAUGUUUUCAUUCCCCAGCCUUUGUUGGCUCCUGCAUAAGUCAAAAAUUAGGAAAAAAUUGAACUGUGUUGAUAUGUUACUACAAUUCAGAUUUCUUUUUAUUAGAAGAAUAGUAUUAUUGUCCUUGCCCACAAAAUUUUUUGAUGAGCAGAUCAGCACAAAACCAUGCUAAAUAUGCAAAUUUUAAAGUCAAAGUGGAUUCACAGAAGAGACCGUGGCCCAUCUGAAACUCCCCUGUGGGAACCCAUGUUAUUGUUCAAUAGCAUAUGGCUUUGAUUUUGAAAUUAUAGUAAGCUUUGCAUAUCAACCCUG